AUGCGGGAUCUGUCUAACAAUCCAAGUCUUGGAGGUCCACUUACCCCAAAUAUUGGAAAUCUGAAGCAGCUCACCAUUCUGAAUUUGCUAGGAUGCAGCUUUACUGGUAACAUCCCACAAGAGAUAGGCAACUUAAGACAGCUCACAUUCCUGGCCCUAAACAUGAAUCAAUUCACUGGCAGAAUACCCCCAGAACUUGGCCUUCUCACAAGUCUCUCUUGGUUGGACUUGUCGGCCAAUCAAUUGUCAGGACAAAUCCCAGUUUCGAGAGGUUCAGACCCAGGGUUGGAUAAACUUGUCGCCGCAAAGCAUUUCCAUUUUAGCGAGAACCAGUUGACAGGCCCAAUGGACAGAAGGCUUUUCCAUGCCAAUAUGACCCUCAUACAUGUGCUAUUUGGCAACAAUAGCCUUACUGGACCAAUCCCCCAAUCUCUUGGGCUUGUCGAAACACUUCAAAUUAUCCGACUAGACCAUAACAAAUUCAAUGGUGUGGUACCUGAUAGUAUCGGUAACCUGACUAGCCUGAUGGAACUAUUCAUGGCUGGUAUCCGUCUUACUGGGACAGUACCCAAUGCUCUUUUCAGCCUCCCACAGAUGCAGAGAAUAUCACUAGCUGAGAAUGCCCUUGGAAUCUCACUGACUAUGACUGGUAUCAACUCAAAACUGCGGGUUGUUAAUUUGACAAAUAAUCAAAUCAUCAGUAUUAUUACAGUUGACCCAAGCUACACUGGCAGCCUAAUACUAACAGGGAAUCCUGCAUGCUCAGCCAAUAUCAGUUUCUGCAAACUCAAGGAAAGGCAGCAAGAUCCAUACUCUACUAGCCUAGGCCCCUGCGGUGCUAUUUCUUGCCCUAUUGGUCAGUUACCAAAUCCAGAGACUUCACAGAACUGCGCUUGCACUACCCCCUUCGAGGGUGUGAUGACCUUCCAAGCACCUGCCUUCUCUGACAUGACAAGCCCCGAGUCAUUCCAACAAUUGGAGUCGACGCUUAUACAGAACCUUAGCCUAGCUCCAAGAUCAGUUGCACUUUCCAAUGUUGACUUCAGCCCAGGAACUCCUCUAAGAUUCAGAUUGAAGUUUUUUCCAGACAGUGAAAUGGGCUUCAAUCGCUCAGAAAAUUAUAUUCUCUUUUAUUUGAUAUGUCUCCAAGUCUUACGUAACUUGUCCAUUUCAGUCCCAAGCGGGAAAAAAUCCUCAAUGCGCAAAGGUGUAAUAAUUGGAAUAGCAAUUGCUGGCUUUGUCCUUAUUGUCGGUCUUGUUCUGGUAGCAAUAUAUGCUCUACGGCAGAAGAAAAUAGCCAAGGAGGCAUUUGAUACCACAGCAUCAUGGGGAGCAGGUGGUAAAGAUAACGGAGACGUACCACAAUUGAAAGGAGCAAGAUAUUUUGUAUUUGAGGAGCUGAAGAAAUGCACCAAUAAUUUCUCAGAAACUCAUGAGAUAGGAUCUGGAGGAUAUGGAAAGGUUUACAAAGGAAAGAUUGCGAAUGGACAAAUAGCUGCAAUUAAACGCGCACAGCAAGGAUCCAUGCAAGGUGCAGCUGAGUUCAAGAAUGAGAUUGAACUCCUGUCCAGAGUGCAUCACAAGAACCUAGUGAGCUUAGUAGGUUUCUGCUAUGAACAAGGGGAGCAGAUGUUGGUUUAUGAGUAUAUUUCCAAUGGGACACUCAGGGACAACUUGAUGGGUAAAGGAGGGAUACAGUUGGAUUGGAUGAAGAGACUUAAGAUCGCAAUUGGGUCUGCUAAAGGCCUGGCAUACCUUCAUGAACUUGCUGAUCCACCAAUUAUUCACAGAGAUAUAAAAUCAACCAAUAUACUUUUGGACGAAAGUCUAACUGCAAAGGUAGCUGAUUUUGGUCUUUCGAAGCUAGUGUCUGACACGCAAAAGGGACAUGUUUCUACCCAAGUGAAGGGAACAUUGGGUUAUUUGGAUCCUGAGUACUACAUGACUCAACAGCUCUCCGAGAAGAGUGAUGUCUAUAGCUUCGGAGUUGUCAUGCUAGAGCUAUUAACUUCCAGGCAGCCCAUAGAGAAGGGUAAGUACAUUGUGCGUGAGAUCAGGACCGCAAUAGACCAGUAUGAUCAAGAGUACUAUGGCUUGAAGAGCCUAAUUGAUCCAGCAAUCAGGGAUUCAGCUAAAUUAGUUGGCUUCAGGAGAUUCGUGCAAUUGGCUAUGGAAUGUGUAGAAGAAUCUGCUGCUGACCGCCCGACAAUGAAUGAUGUGGUCAAGGAACUUGAGACCAUUUUACAGAAUGAAGGGGGGCCGUUGUUAAAUUCAGCAUCUUUGUCAACUGAACAUUCUGGAGAUGCAACAGGUAGAGGCCAAGAGGAACACUCUCCUAUGAAAGAUGACAGCAGCAGCAGCAGUGCUUUUGAUUACAAUAGUGUAUAUUCAUACUCAGCUGUUGAACCAAAGUAGGAACUAUGUAUUGGUUUCUUGCUUAUCUCUACUCAUUGUUUUUGGUGCAUGGUCCAAGUGAAUAGAACACAAGACAUUUAUCGUACAAUAUUCAUUUUCCUAUCUGUUGAUAUAACCGAGGUGGAAUAUGUUAUAAGCAGGCACUUGCAAAUUGCUUUCUUAAGAUAUGACAA